CGCCACUUGGCAGCAUAGUUGCUUCAGCCUGCUGUGCUGUCGCCUGUGAUAAGUGAUAAGUUAGCGGCUGCGUAGUGCUUAAUGGCAGCUCUGUGAAUACCUGCUAAAGUUUGGAGGUAACAAAGUGACAGAGGAGCGGAGGAGGAGGGCGGUGAGUGCAGUGGAGAGCCGAGCGGAGCCUCUUCUUCCCCCUUCUUCCUCCUGACGGCUGUGCGUGUGUGACAGGACAGGAGCACUGCCAUGUAGCCGAGGCAGAAGAAUGAGCGGUCAGCACACUCCAGCAGCAGCAGAGGGGACAGACGACUACACGGUCCAACAGGAAAACGAGCUGGAGGCUCUCGCGUCUAUCUUUGGAGAUGACUUCCAGGAUCUGCGGAGCAACGACCCGUGGAAGGUUAAAAGGCCUCCAGAGGUGCACCUCUGCCUGCGGCCCAACGGGCUGAACAAUGGACAGGAGUGCUACGUGACUGUGGACUUGCAGGUCAAAUGCCCACCGACAUACCCAGACGCGCCCCCGGAGCUGGAGCUGAAUAAUGCCAAAGGUCUGUCAAAUGAAAACCUCCAAAACCUCCAGAGUGAACUCACCAAGCUGGCAGCAGCUCGAUGUGGGGAGGUGAUGAUUUAUGAGCUGGCAGACUAUAUCCAGGGCUUCCUGAGCGAGCACAACAAGCCCCCUUCGAGCUCCUUCCACGAGGAGAUGCUGAAGAACCAGCGGAGGCAGCAGGAGAAGCGAGCCCAGGAGGAGCAGCAGAAGAUGGACCAGCGGCGCAAGCAGGAGGAGGAGAUGGAAAAAGAGAUCAUGGCUGAAAUCCAAAGACGAGAGGAGGAGAAACGAGAGGAAAGGAGAAGAAAGGAGAUAGCCAAACAGGAGCGACUUGAGAGUAUGGAGCAGCCAGUCCUUGCUAACGCCUCUCCGCUAGGCAGGAGCCCACCCAGCCCAGGUGGAGCUACUCCUGAACUGAUAGAAGCCAAGAGAGCAGCUAUUAACCGCCGUCGGACUACCUCGAAUACACGCCACAGACGUGACACCGUUAAUGAAGACAACCCUCGCUCACAGGAGCUCCUUCAUUUCAACAGCAGCACUUUUGGAGAACUUGCUGUCCACAGAGGGAAAAGUUUAGGAGAAAGCGAAAGGCUGCGGCGUAAUGUUUAUUACGGAUUUGAGGCGAACUCAGGAGACUUUGUCGUGGUCUACGAGUGGUCGCUGCGCUGGAACAAGAAGAAGAGCAAGUUCUUCACCAGCCAGGAGAAAGGAAGGAUUGAGAACUGCAAAAAGCAGAUCCACGGGGCAGAAAAUGAGUUCAACUCCCUCCUGCGGCUGGAUCACCCAAACUUGGUGCACUACAUGGCGCUGAGCUCCACAGAGAAGGAGGACUGCCUCGUGGUUAACCUGCUGGUGGAGCAUGUGGCCGGCAUCAACCUGACCCAAAGCCUCACCGCCCACACUCCGGUCCCUCUGGAUAAACUGUGCCACUACACGGCCCAGCUGCUGGCCGCCCUCGACUACCUUCACUCAAACUCUGUGGUGCACAAACAGCUGGGGGCCUCCAGCGUGCUGGUGGACUCCGAGGGCAACAUCCGACUGACUGAUUACAGCUUAUCGAAGAGGUUUGCCGAUAUCUGCAAAGAGGACAUUUUUGAGCAAGCCCACGUGCGUUUCUCAGAGGACAUGGUGAUGCCGACCAAAACGGGCAAGAAAGGGGACAUGUGGAACUUGGGGCUGAUGCUGCUGGGUCUGAGUCAGGGGAAGGAGGUGAAGGAGUAUCCAGUGACGGUGCCAGCCAGCCUGCCUGCUGACUUCCAGGAUUUCCUCCACAAGUGUGUGUGCCUGAAUGAUGCUGAACGCUGGACAGCCCAACAGCUUUUGGACCACUCCUUCCUCAAGCCUCCAUCACCUAAAAACUUGCCACACCACCAGGAAACAAGCCCAGAAGAUCCUGCGGUGGACUUCCCAUCAUCAGUCAUCCCACGCAGCCACAUCCUCAAUGCUCCCUUCAGCACCGGGGUGCAGAGGCAGUUUUCUAGAUACUUCAAUGAGUUUGAAGAACUCCAGCUUCUUGGAAAAGGGGCCUUUGGUGCUGUAAUUAAGGUCCAGAAUAACCUUGAUGGUUGCUACUAUGCUGUAAAGCGCAUCCAGGUCAACCCGGCCAGUAAACAGUUCAGACGCAUCAAAGGCGAGGUGACACUGCUCUCCCGCCUCAACCAUGAGAAUAUAGUCCGCUACUACAACGCGUGGAUUGAGCGGCACGAGACGCCCCCUGGAGGGGUGCUGGGCAACACUGACAGCUCUGAGCCUUUUAGCUCCCCUGACAAGCCCCCUCAGCGCAAAGAGCCUCCGCGGAGCAUCAACGAGCUGGGACUCGCCGAUAACGUGGAGGACAUUGCGCCGCCUCCGGCUCUGUCCAGCUCGGUGGAGUGGUCCACCUCCAUCGAGAAAUCCUCCAGUGCCAAAUGUGGCGGACAGCAGUCGAGCGAUGAAGAGGAUGAUGAUGAGGAAGAAGAUGUGUUUGGCGCUUCUUUUUUGCCGUCAGAUAGUGACUCAAGUAGUGACAUCAUUUUCAACAAUGGCGACGAUGAAAGCACAGACGAGAUGUCACAGGGUGAGCCAAGCAAAAGGCCCGUGAUUGACACAACGGAGAGCACGGACUCAGAUCGACCCCCCCUUAUAGCACAUUACUUGUACAUACAAAUGGAAUACUGUGAAAAGAGCACUUUAAGAGACACGAUAGAUCAGAGCCUGCACCGGGACCAGACUCGCUUGUGGAGACUCUUCAGGGAAAUACUGGAUGGCCUCGCUUACAUCCACGAGCAGGGUAUGAUUCACAGGGACUUGAAGCCCGUCAACAUCUUCCUCGACUCGCAGGACCACGUGAAGAUUGGGGACUUUGGCCUGGCCACAGACCAUCCUGCUAAUGUGGCUGCAGGUAAAUUUGAAGUGGAAGAUGGCGGCUCAGCAGUGAUGCCCAAACCGGACCCGACAGGUAACAUGACAGGCAUGGUUGGCACUGCACUUUACGUCAGCCCGGAGGUUCAAGGAAACACCAAAGCCACCUACAACCAAAAAGUCGACCUGUUCAGCUUGGGCAUCAUCCUCUUUGAGAUGUCCUAUCGGCCCAUGACCACGGGGGCCGAGCGCAUCUCUGUCCUGAGCCAGCUGCGUGUGGAGCCCAUGAUCUUCCCUGAGGACUUUAAUGCGUAUGAGCAAGGGACACAGAAGAAGGUGAUUGAGUGGCUGUUGAACCACGACCCGGCACUGCGGCCCACUGCCCAGGAGCUGCUGAAGAGCGAACUGCUGCCUCCGCCGCAGAUGGAGGAGUCGGAGCUGCAUGAGGUGCUGCAGCACACCAUGGCCAACAUCAACGGCAAGGCAUACCGCACCAUGGUGGGCCAGCUGUUUGCCCAGAACACCUCUCCGGUCAUGGACUACGCCUAUGACAUAGAUCUACACAAGGGCAGCUUCAGCUUCAGCAGUACCAAAUUGCAGCAGCAUGUGUAUGAAACAAUCACCAGGAUCUUCAAGAAGCACGGUGCGGUGCGUCUCCAGACACCGCUGCUCCUCCCCAGAAACAGGAAGCUGUACGAAGGCAGCGAGCUGGCCUGCUUCAUGGACCACAGCGGAAUGCUGGUUACACUGCCCUAUGACCUUCGCAUGGCGUUUUCAAGGUUCAUCGCUCGCAAUAAUAUAACUCACCUGAAGAGGUACAGCAUUGAACGCGUAUUCCGCCCCAGGAAGCUGGAUCGCGCGCACCCGAGGGAGCUUCUGGAGUGUGCCUUUGACAUCGUCACACCCGUCACAAACAGCCUUCUCCCUGAUGCCGAGACUAUUUACACCAUCUCUGAGAUAAUCCAGGAGUUCCCCGUGCUUCAGGAAAGGAACUAUAACAUUUACCUGAACCACACCAGCUUGUUGAAGGCCAUCCUUCUCCACAGCGGAGUCCCUGAGGACAAACUGAGCCAGGCCUCAAUGAUACUGUGUGACGCCAUGAGCGAGAAGCUGACCAAACGUGAGGUGGAGGCAAAGUUCUGCAACUUUUCCCUGUCAACCAACAGCUUGCAGACGCUGUACAAGUACAUAGAGCAGAAGGGGAGUCUGCAGGACCUGGCGCCACUGCUGACAUCCCUCACCAAACAGAAGACCGCCGUCACCCAGCUGGCUAAGCAGGGCCUCAAGGACCUGGAGGAGCUCACAGUGCUGCUGCAUAGACUGGGAGUUAAACUGCAGGUGGUGGUUAACUUAGGCUUGGUGUACAAGGUGCAGCAUCACUCUGGGGUCAUUUUCCAGUUUGUGGCUUUCAUUAGGAAACGCAAACGAACUGUGCCGGACAUAGUGGCCGCUGGAGGACGCUACGACCACUUGAUCCUGGAGUUUCGUGGGCCAGCGUCCACAGUGCCAGUACGUUCUGCGGUGGGGGCCAGUGUGGCCUUGGACAAAGUCUGUGCUGCUAUGGCCAACAUGGAGGAGCCACCACCAGUGAGCUCCUGUGAUGCUCUGGUGGUCCCAGUGGGACAUUCUUCAAUGUCCAGAGCCAUCAAUGUCAUCCAGAAGCUGUGGAGCACAGGCGUCUCUGCAGACAUCGCCUAUGAUGUCUCUCAGUCUCAGGAGACGUUGAUGGAGCACUGCAGGCUGGCCGGCAUCAACUGUAUGGCCCUGGUCUCGGACAAGGAGGGGAACUAUGUGAAGGUCAAGUCCUUCGAGAAGGACAGACAGUCUGAGAAACGGAUUCACGAGUCGGACUUGGUGGACCACAUCAUUCAGAAAUGUCGGACCAAAUUCUCCGAGGAGAGAAACAUCAGAGAAAUCUCUGAGAGCAUGUCUCAGAACCCUAAAGGAUCACUGCUCAACACCACAGGUUUAUCAGAGCAGCAUGGGAGCAGCGGCAUCAUGAACAUGAAUGUGAACGUCAUCAGCCCGGAAAAAGUUUCUGCCAGUGCGAGACGACGCUACGAGACUCAUAUCCAGACCAGAUUACAGACUCUCGGUAGCAAUUUGCAGAACAGGAGCAAUGACAUUGAAGUCCUAGCAGUGGACCUGCUGAAGGAAACACUGAUCAACUUCCUGUCCCUGGAGUUUGAUAGCGAAGAGCAGUUCAACAGCAGCGUGAAGACCCUGCUGUCUCGUCUCCCCAAGCAGCGCUACCUGAAGUCCAUCUGCGAAGAGAUACACCAUUUCAAAAUGACAAAAAAGGUGGCUGUGGUGGUCUUGUACAGCUACAAGGACGACUACUACAAGAUCCUUCUCUAAAGACCUGGGAGAUGUCCCCCUUAGCUCGAGACUCAGUGGACUCCCAGGGACUGUUUUCAUGCUUGGACUUACAGAAUCAGCUUGAAGAAUGACAGACUCAUAAAGUUUCUUUUUGGGAAACCGGAGCCCCAAAGACACACGUUUUUAUUUACCAUGUUGAAUGGUAAUUCAGCUGUUUAACCCAAAAUAACUGUCACAAAACCUUUCAGUGUUUUGUGGUCUUUCUCAGACGAACCUGGACGAGAGGUUUACUUGACUUUACUGCCUUAAUAGAAGCUGGAAGAGAAAGGGCUUUUUACUGAGGAUUAUGUGUCAUGAAGGCAACAAUUUUACAUUUCUAUUUAGCAUCAGGAUCAAUAGGAGGAAUAAAUCACCUUUUCCCAACCGGA